AUGUCUGAUAUAAAGGCAGAAGAUAUAGAGGGAGAAGAAGAGACGUAUGUGACUGAUAUAAAGCUGAAUAUGCUGGUCAGCCUGGGGCAUGAUGCCACCCUCCACUGGUGGUCAGGAAGUCACACAGGUGAGAAGCCGUACUUCUGUUCUGAGUGUGGGAAAUGUUUUGCAUGGAAAUCAAAUCUUGUUACACAUCAGAGGAGUCACACAGGUGAGAAGCCAUAUUCCUGUUCUCAGUGUGGGAAAUGUUUUGCAUCGAAAUCAUAUCUUGUUACACAUCAGAAAAGUCACACAGGUGAGAAGCCAUAUUCCUGUUUUGAGUGUGGGAAAUGUUUUGCAUAUAAAUCAAAUCUUGUUACACAUCAGAGGAGUCACACAGGUGAGAAGCUAUUUUCAUGUUCUGAGUGUGGGAAAUGCUUUACAUAUAAAUCAUAUCUUGUUACACAUCAGAGAAGUCACACAGGUGAGAAGCCAUAUUCCUGUACUGAGUGUGGGAAAUGUUUUGCAUUGAAAUCAAUUCUUGUUACACAUCAGAGAAGUCACACAGGUGAGAAGCCAUAUUCCUGUACUGAGUGUGGGAAAUGUUUUGCAUUGAAAUCAAUUCUUGUUACACAUCAGAAAAGUCACACAGGUGAGAAGCCAUAUUCCUGUUCUCAGUGUGGGAAUUAUUUUGCACAUAAAUCAAAUCUUGUUACACAUCUGAGAAGUCACACAGGUGAAAAGCCAUAUUCCUGUUCUGAGUGUCGGAAAUGUUUUGCACGGAAAUCAGAUCUUGUUACACAUCAGAGAAGUCACACAGGUGAGAAGCCAUAUACCUGUGCUGAGUGUGGGAAAUGUUUUCCACGGAAAUCAGAUCUUGUUACACAUCAGAAGUCACACAGGUGAGAAGCCAUAUUCCUGUUCUGAGUGUGGGAAAUGUUUUCCACGGAAAUCAGAUCUUGUUGCACAUCAGAGAAGUCACACAGG